AUGGCGUCCGGAACGGAAGAGAAGGGUGUCUCUCAACAACCCGAAAGAAUCGAGCAAGCGGAGGCUGAAUCCCACGAUUAUCUCUCCGAUGCCGAUCUUAAGGGCCGCCUUGAUCUAGGCGCCCAAGCGCUCAAAGGUCAGCGACUUACGUAUACUUCAGAAGAGGGACGCCGAGUCCUCCGUAAAAUCGAUUGGCACAUUCUCCCCCUCGCAGCAUGGGCAUGUGGCCUUCAGUUUGUGGAUAAAUCAGGGCUAGGUUCCGCCGCGACGUACGGUCUGCGCGAAGAUCUUGGCCUUCAUGGACAAGAAUACUCUUGGUGUGUCUCUAUCUUUUACUUCGGCUACCUGGGUGGCGCCGCCAUAUCUGGACGUCUUCUCCAGUGUUUCCAUGCCGGCCGAGUGAUAGGGAUUGCAUUCUUCCUCUGGGGCUGCACCUUACUUGGAUGCAUUGGAGUCAAGAAUUAUGCGGAUCUAUUGGUGCUGCGCUUUCUAUUGGGGUGGGUGAAAAGAAGCCUGCUUGGAAUGGAUAGCCGUAUUACUAAACUUAACGUGGUACAGUAUACUCAUCGGGAGCAACCACUACGAUCUGGGAUCUGGACCGUCACCAAUGGCGCGCUUCCGGUGCCUUUCCUUGUCAUUUACUAUGUUUUUUGGUGCUUGGACGUCUUUGCUGAUACAAAAACAUCACAGAAAUCCUGGAAGUUGAUCUUUUUGCUCAUCGGCCUCCUAAGCUGCCUGACUGGGGUGGCCCUCUACUUUUUCAUCCCCAAUACUCCCGCGACGGCGCCCUGGCUUAAUGAACGAGAACGGGCAAUCGCUGUCCAGCGGGUGGCGGAAGACUAG